UCUGAAUGCCACCAUUUUCUUGUAUCUCCUGGGCUUGGUCACCUUCUUGUUUCUGUUCAAACUUUCAAGACCAAGAAAAAACCAACCAUAUAACCUGCCUCCAUCUCCACCAAAGUUGCCGAUUAUUGGCAAUAUUCACCAGUUAGGAACUCUCCCUCAUCAUUCUUUGAGAGACCUAUCUCUGAAAUACGGUCCUCUCUUGUGGCUACAGCUCGGUCGAAUCCCAGCUUUCCUAGUCUCUUCUGCAGAUUUGGCCAGAGAAGUGCUAAAGAAUCAAGACGCAGUUUUUGCCGGCAAGUUCCAAAGCAUAUCAGCGAGAACCUUACUAUAUGGAUGCAAGGAUAUUUCCUAUGCAACCUACGGUGAAAGCUGGCGACAGAAAAGGAAAAUAUGUGUGCUUGAACUUCUCAGCCUCAAAAGGGUUCGAUCCUUUCAGGUUAUAAGAGAUGAAGAAGUUGCAGAAAUGAUUAACGAGAUACGAAGAGCCUGUGUGAGUGAUACAAAUUGCUCUGUGAACAUAAGUGACCUCAUAACUGCGACCACCACCAACAUAAUAUUCAGAUGUAUAAUUGAACAGAAAUAUGAUCCAGAAGAGAGCAGUGGAAGAUUGGGGACGCUUGCGAGGAAGGAGAUGAUCCAUCUGGGGGAAUUAAUAGUGGGAGAUUUCUUUCCUUCCUUGGGUUGGAUCGAUGUUCUGAAUGGGAAAAUCCAAGAACUGAGAGACACUUUUAAAGCAAUAGAUGGGUUCUUUGAUCAGGUAACAGAAGAUCAUAAGCUGGUGAUGAAGAAUGACGAUGAGAAGAAAGACUUUGUGGAUAUUCUUCUUCAACUUAAAGACAGUGAUUUGCUUGAAUUCGAACCCACCAAAGAUGACCUUAAAGCAAUCAUAACGGGAAUGACUACUUCAACGACAUUAGAGUGGAUUUUAACGGAGCUUCGGAGACAUCCCAGAAUCAUGAGGAAAGCCCAACAAGAGGUCAGGAAAGUGGUGGGGUCCAAAUCAAAAGUGGACGAAGCUGACAUAAACGGCAUGAAAUACUUGAAACAUGUCAUCAAAGAAACUCUUAGAUUACACCCACCAGCUCCUUUCAUGGUCCCUCGAGAAACAAUCGGCGAUGCAAAAUUAGGAGGAUACGACAUUCCUUCCAAAACAUUGAUAUUUGUUAACACAUGGGCAAUCCAAAGGGACCCUGAAAUAUGGGACAAGCCUGAAGAGUUUAUUCCGGAGAGAUUUGAGAACAGUCAGAUAGAUUUCAAAGGGAAAGACUUUGAGUUCAUCCCAUUUGGAUCUGGAAAAAGGAUAUGUCCUGGCAUGGCCUUUGGACUUGCUUCAGUUGAGUAUGAACUGGCUAAUCUUCACUGGUUUGACUGGAAUCUGUCUCAGGAUGGUGAGAUUGAUAUGACCAAGACGUAUGGGCUCACAGUGAAGAAGAAGGUCCCUCUUUUUCUUGAACUUAUACCAUACUCUGUCCACUCACAAUCUGGUUAAUCCGUCUUCAUGAUUUCGCUUCAUGUUUAUGGUUUCUGUUUGGUCUGUGAUGGUACUUGCUGUUAAAAUGUGAAGCUGCUUAUGAAGUUGCGUGUAUGGGAAGAAUAAUGGGUAUGAAUUAGUGGAUGUAAUGUGAAAUUCUAUCUUAGUUACCUAGGAAAAUACUACUAUAGUGUGUGUUACUGAUGCCUUUGUUAUUGCUUUGAAUUUGUGAGGUGAGACAUAUAUGGGAAUAUUAUCAAAUAA